AUGUUCAACAACCGCCGCGUGCUGACCGCCAAAGCCGCGCUCGAGCCGAGGCUGCGAUGUACCGAGGUGGACGAGAACGGUGAGGUCAUCCUGGUCGAUGGCGAGUUCAAGAAGACGGAGCUCAUCGCAAAGUACGGCCUGCUGCCCCGCGACUUGCGAAAGAUUGACUCGUCAAACCUCCCCCACAUCUUUGUCCGCCAGUCCGCCAUUCUCCUCAACCUCCUUCACCUCAAAGUCCUCAUCAAAAAGGACCGCGUCCUCCUCUUCGACGUCUACGGCUCAAAGACGUCGUACCCGCAGUCCGCCUUCAUGUACGACCUGCAGGGCAAGCUCAAACAAAAGAACACCCAGGGCGGCGGCAACGGCGUCGGCGGCCUCCCCUACGAGUUCCGCGCGCUCGAAGCCGUUCUCACAUCUGUGACGUCGGAGCUCGAGGCCGACUUCGAGUCCGUCCGGGACCCCGUCAUCCGCGUCCUCAGCGAGCUCGAGCACGAUAUCGACCGCCACAAGCUGCGCGUCCUCCUCAUCUUGUCUAAGCGCGUGAGCACCUUUGAGCAAAAGGCCAAGCUGGUCCGCGACGCCAUCGAGGAGCUGCUCGAGGCCGACGACGACUUGGCGGCCAUGUACCUCACUGAAAAGGCGCACGACCUCUACCGCGGGGUGGAUGACCAUACCGAGGUGGAGCUGCUGCUUGAAUCGUACAAUAAGCUCUGCGAUGAAAUCGUCCAGGAGGCUCAGAACUUGGUGUCUGGCAUCCGCAACACCGAAGAGAUUAUCCGCGCAAUCCUAGACGCCAACCGCAACGCCCUCAUGCUCCUAGAACUCCGCUUCAGCGUCGGCACCCUAGGCCUAGCAAUGGGCACCUUCCUCGCGGGCCUCUACGGCAUGAACCUCGAAAACUUCAUCGAGGAUACAAACUGGGGCUUCGCCGGCGUCACAGUCACCUCGACAAUCUGCUCACUCCUCGUCUGCUGGUACGGCCUCGUCAAGCUCCGCAAGGUCCAGCGCGUCAAAAUGAUGUUUGACGAGCGCGGACCCCUGACGCGCAACACCCGCUCUUUGCUCUCCUCGUCACCCUCGCCUUCGUCGUCGCAUGCCCAGCAGCAGGCCGUCGGCCAGCAGCAUUGGUUGGACGACGGGCCGGGGAGCCUGCUGGACGCGAGGAACCGCGAAAAGAUUCGGCGCGUGACGAAUCAAAAGGCCGCUGCGGCGGCGAAUGCCAAGAGUACGACCAAGAAGUGGUUCCAGUGA